AUGCAGCAGUUGUGUCAGUUAGGUGACCUUAAAAUAGACCGGCUUUUUCGAAUCGGCACGAUGCUCACCAAUGAGUCACACUUGCCAGCCUUUGGUACCCUUAGUCUACAUGAAAAUCCAACAGGAUGGGGCCCAGUGGAAAUUCCGAAGGAGUACGAAAAUAUGCCGUAUCAACCAUUUGCUAAAGAUUUCCGGCUGGGGAGGGUUGCCGAUUGGUCAGGUAGCCUGUAUCAGGAUAUGAAAUCAAAAGGACGCUAUUUGUCGCAAUUUUCUGGUGCUCAGUACGCAUACAUACACGACGAAGACGAUACUAACUUCCAACUCGUGAGCACCGGACGUGAUCCGAAGUCUUCAGCUAUGCGUCCACGGUAUCGAUUUCCUAUGCGUGGCCGUCGUGUUGGUGGGCCAGGUGGUUAUAAUUAUCAAGGUACACGUGGAGGCUACAAUCAGCAGGGUUAUCCGAACCGCAAGAUGCGGAACAUGUCCGAUCGGGAACGAAUGAUGCAAGGCCAAAAUAGACGAUGGAACCCGUGGAAUCAACAGCUAGGCCCAGGUCAGCGACGACCCGGUGGUCAACAAGGAUGGAGAAAUCAAAACGCUUGGGGAGGAAAUCAAGACCGACGUCAACAACAUCGCGCGGUUCGAGACUCUGCUAUUCGGAUCAAGGACUCUUGGACCUUACAGGAGGAGCUGGACUUCACUAGGCUAUCCAAACUUGCUCUUCCUAAUGUUAAGGAACCGACAGACCUUGUGCAGUGCGGCGAGAUAGAAUACUACGACAAAAGCUACGACCGUGUUAACACGCGUAACGAGCGACCACUAGUUAGAGUCAAUCGUAUCCUCCACACCGUAUGCGCAACUGAGGAUCCUGUGAUUCGGCGUUUGGCUAAACAAAAUGUCGCUCGCGUGUACUGUACGGACGCAGUGGCCGCAAGCAUUAUGUGUUGCACCCGGUCGGUGAACCCCUGGGAAGUGAUCGUGAUCCGGGAGGAUGACGUACUCUUCUUCGACGAGCGAGACAAAACCGAGUUUGAUCUGGUCAGCGUGUGCGAAACGGCCGCAGAACCACCGACCGAAGAAUCGGGACACAUCAAUUCCGCCCGCUGUCUGACUUUGGAAGCGACCUUUAUCGACACGAAUCUUUCACAACAGAUUUUGCUCAGGGGUGGAAAGAAAUAUGCGUUCCCCGAACCUAAUCCUUUCGUCGACAACGAUGAGAAUGAGGAUGAGGAGGAUUCGGAUGAGAUGGGUGACAGUGACGAAGAAGCCAGACGGGCAAGGCGUCUCGAGAAAAAAAACGUGGAGCUCGCCUCCAUCGGCUAUCGGUAUCGCCUGUUCGAUCUUGGCAACCAAAUCGGCCUGGUGGUGCGGUGUGAGGUAACUGGUGCCCUGCCACCCACCAAUGCCGAUAGUGAACAGUCUGGUGAUGCGGCGGCCCCACCGCAGUUUGUAUACAUCCGUAGUCUGAAUGAGUUUGACUCUAGACUUUGUGGUGGUGUGGAUUGGCGCUCCAAAUUGGACACCCAACGAGGUGCUGUCCUAGCCUCAGAGAUCAAGAACAACGCAUUCAAGCUUGCCAAAUGGACAACCUGUAGCAUGCUAGCAGGGGCAGAUCAGCUCAAGCUAGGUUUUGUCUCGCGGGUUAAUCCCAAGGACUCAUCAGCCCACGUCAUUCUCGGGACGCAGCAGUUCAAACCGCAAGAGUUCGCAAUCCAGUUGAAUUUGAAUUUGGACAACGCCUGGGGUAUUCUACGGUGCGUGAUCGACUUCUUUUUGAAACUACCCGUAGGAAGGUACCUAAUGCUCAAAGAUCCCAACAAGCCAAUGUUGCGCAUCUUCACUCUCCCACCGGGCACGUUUGAUUCCACGGAGAGUGUGAACAGCGAUGCAGAAAGCGUUGCAAACGAUGCACAAAAAGCCGCAUCACUAACUCGUAUCCAAGAGACAGACGAAGCGGAGCACCAAGAGAAGCAGCAAACUGCAGAAUCGGUGGUCAACAAAGACGAAUAAGCCCCCGUCCCUGCUGACUCCUUUUUUUUCGCGUUUCCCUUGAUCACAACCGUAUUCCUUGAUUCCAAAUACAGUGGUUUUUUGGUGUUUAUAGUUUCCGUCUUUUCCUUCCACACACUCCGCUGAUAACACGUGGAAUUUCC